GGCGUAUACGCCACUCGGUCCUAUUACUGGUCGAGGGUAUUGAAAGCCAGAGAAGCUUGGGUUUUUGUUGCACACGGACGACGAUCGUCCAUCGCGAAACGCACCAACUCAGCUUGGGCCUUGGAAGAAGGCAGCACGGCAAAGACACGGUGCGACUUGCUCGUCGUCAUUGGCGCGAGAACGCCGCUGGGAACCGUUUGCUCUUGCCACUUUACAGGCACUUGAAGUUUGGUGCAGGAAGCAUAAAGACACGUGCGGUUGGACGGUGUCCGAGCCAAUCAUGAACGAGCGGCCCCGCACUCGACGACGCAGCAAGCUGGACAGAAACAAGAAAGGACCAACCCGAACGCGGUCCGAUCCCGUGCUAGCUUUCGAAAGAGAACGCGCCAGCCUUCAAGUUCAACUUGCGCACAGAAUUGAGCUCGGUGCAUGACGCCUGCGUCGUCAUGGAUCUUUAUCCGGCCUAUCCGGAAAACGGACCAAGUACUGCACACGCAAGUGAGGCCAGCAAAUGCAGCGCCUAUCACAACGGACUCGGUUGUAUACGUCAAAAGAUUAUUGAUGGCCGAUCUCUGUUGAUGUCAACCUAAGAUCUGAGUUUGGCCAGUCGUCGUCGUCGCUUUCGACUCCAGAUCUUAGAGGACGGUCGAUCGUCCAGGAUGGGACAAAGGGUCGGAAGAAGACUAGCGGUAUCAUUGGCAUCGCUUUGCUUCAUGAAGUCCGCACGUACCAGCUUUCAAGCCACAGUGUACAGCAGACUACACUAGAACUCGUCUAAUCGAUGUGGCCGUUCCAACUUGCUCUUUGAUCUUAUAGCGUCAAGCACACGCGUCUCUGUACGUCUUGCCUCAUCAGAUGAAGUCCACGCGCGUUAAUAUGCAUCAUCAACAAAGUGUGAGCGACGGUGCUCAGGUCUCCAGAUUCGCCGAGAUGCAGACUUGCACGACGGUGCCAUAGUAAUACCUCACCGAUUCCUUGACCUCAACGAAGCUAUUUUUGCGGCACGUCGUUUCGGCUGCCACGGUUUGUUCUGGGCUCGCUGGUUUGAAUGGAGACGCUGGCCAAGGUCUUUGCGACGACGCCGGGCACGGAGGAGAUCACUCUCCAGCAUGCACGCCUCUACUCGCUCGAGUCUCUGUUGCCGCUUCUCCGGCAGUUCAAGGAGCUGCGCCACCUCGACGUGAGCCAAAACAACCUCUCAUCGCUUCCGCCCGAGAUGGCUCAGCUCAGCCGGCUGGUCGCGCUCGAUAUUUCGCACAACCCGUUCCCGUCGAUACAAGCCGUGCUGCCAGUGUUGCAGCAGCUCCCGUCGCUCAAGAGUCUCUCCAUCACUCUGGGUUCUGCGACUGACGAGAGCCUCGUGAUGGCGGCGCUUCCUAAGCUCCGCAUUCUCAACGCCGCCCCCUUGUCCUUUGGCGGGCCGCCCAAGUCAUACGCCCUGCAGCCUGUGCCAUCCUCCUCAUCAACCGCAUCGAACAGCGCGUUACCCAUGGAUCACGUACGAAACGUUGCCAGUAUCGUGAGCGUGCUAAAGAGCAUUGGCGACCCGUCACCGGACGAAGCGCUGCGCAUGAGCCGCAUGUUUGACCAGCAAAUGGAGCUCGUGGCCAUGUCGCUCAAGCAAGAAUUGGCGGCCGGCGACCACGAGGCGGCAACGCUGCUCCACGCCAAGUUCAAAGUCCUUGCCGCCUGUGCGAGCCUCGCGACGCAGAAAGCCGGCGAGUGCCACCCGGAGCUCGGCCUCGCGAUCCAGUCGCUCACGUUUCUACACCACGAAUUGAUGACGUCGUACCACGCCCUCGUCCUCAACCUUGUCGAGACCGGCCGCCACGAAGCUGCCGUGGCGCCAGGGCAACUCCAGCAGCUUUUGGAGGUGGCCGAGGGCCUCGAGACGGACCUCCAGAAAAGCCAUGCCGCCUUGGCGAUCGAGAAGCAGCGCGUCGCUCAAUUGCAGGAUGAAAACCUCCGGCUGCGGCACCAGCUCGGCGACAACCGACCGCGGAGCCCAAGCAUUCACCCGCAUGACGUCGCGCCUGCAGCCACGGCAAAGCCACCGCCGCCACCACCGCCGCAGGUACGAAAGGCGACGCCACCGGCCGUGCCCGUCGUACUCGUCAAGCGCGACAAGCCCACGCGCCAUGAGAACAACAAUUAUACGUCUCGACCUCGGCGCCCCGAGGUUGUCGAGCAUAGCAAGCCGCCAAUGCUGCCGCCCGCAGUGUCGCCGACGCCAACGACGGUGAAAAACCUCACGUUAAAGCAGCUCCGCGAUAUGAUUACCGCGAUUUACGCGUCGAAAGCCAAGCACGACGAGAUGUGCGCGGCCAACUUUGCGCCCAAAGAAACCAUGGAGCAGCACAUGUACACGUAUCUGAACCAGCGCUUUGGGCUCCAGUCGCUCAUUGUCGAGUAUGCGAGCGCCAUCAUGAAGGGGUGCACGCGGUACAUGAAAUCGGACGCGGACGUCGCGACGUUCUUCCACGUCGUGCGCAACGACAUGGACGAAGGCUUCUUGCGCUUGAAGAGCAAGCUGGAAGAAACUGUUGUCGCGCUCCUUCGCGCGUUCCUUCGAGGCCUGCACCCGCGCAAGUCGGAAGGCGCGCUCAAUCAGCUCAUACAAGCCAAGCUCAUGGACCAGACGCUUUUGAGCGAAGACGAGUGGCACAGCGUCAUCAAGUACAUGUAUGACGCGCACGAUUGCCACGCCAUUGUGCGGCUUGUCGAGUCGCAGGUCGUGCAGGACGACAACAAUGUCAAGCGCAGCCUCGCCUUUUCGACGUUCCGCAAGAUAUUGCUCAACUACCAAAUGCACGGGCGGUUGCGUAUGCUCGAGGAGUUUUGCCGCCAUUUUCAGCAAGUGGAUAUUGAAACCGUGGGUGUCAUCUCCCAGCAAAGUCUCGUGGAGCUCAUGAUGCGGUACACACCCUACAAGACGGAAGAUGAAGUCGACAACAUCGUGCACCAAGCCGACCCCCACGGCACGAACGCCAUUACUUUUUCCGACGUGGUCGAAGUGCUCUUCAAGGACAUUCGAAGCCACAAAGCAGCGACAGUGGGUUUAUCCUAGUUGAAGAAAUCCAUCUAUACUUUCCGUGUUAACGUGCGAGCUCCUCGCCCAAAGUUAUGUAGCACAUCCCGAGUGUGAACUCGAUUCUAUCGUCGCUUCUUCAUCUUGAUCAUGUGCUUGGCUUUCUUCGUCUUGGCCGCCAGCUUUUGCCGCACCUUGGCCGGGUCGCACUGCAGCUGCUCAAAGAGCGAUGCCAGCUCGUCCGUAUCCAUCGUGGGAAAGUCCUUGCGAAGCGCGUUGAGGUCCGACUCGCGCUGUGCACUCGUGUCGGCGCCGGUCUCGACACAAAUUUUGCCCUGCAAUAACAAUAUGAAAAGUCCUUUUUUGCA